GGAGACUGUAGAGGUAUUCUCUUAUCUGACACUUUAGGGUAAGAGGAUACUGAACUAUGGAGCUGAUCACAGAUAGACUCACAUUUGUUUUAUAGAGGAGAUUCAGUCGCACAGGUUUAGGAACAACGCAGUUUUUGGAUUUACCUUUUAUUACCGUGUUCUUUUAUUUGCACCAUCCACCGUUGAAAAUGGCUUCAUCCGGAGUUUGGAUUAACGCAAUGUGGAUUUUCCUUUUUGCUAUUUUUCACGUGGCUUUGUCAAACUAUUCGGAGGACCAGUGCAGCUGGAGAGGAAGUGGUCUGUCCCAGCAGCAGGGCAGUGUGGAGCAGAUCUCCCUCCACUGCUCAGAAGGCACCCUGGACUGGCUGUAUCCCAAAGGAGCCCUGCGUCUCUCCCUGUCCCCCCGCCUGCCCUCUGUGGCGGUGGGUCCCGGUGGCAGCAGCUCAGGCCUCAUCACAGCCUGCGUGAAGCCUUCAGAACAGUUCCAUGGAGCCCAGCUGUACCUGGAGAGAGACGGGGUCCUGGAGCUCCUCGUCGGGGACCGCUUGGAGUCGUCUCCCCCGCCCAGGGUCCGCUGCUUCAGCCGCCUGCCAGGGGAGAAGGUGGCUCUGUUCCUUCAAGCGACUCCUCACCAGGACAUCAGCAGGAGGAUCGCUACCUUCAGAUAUGAGCUGAGGGGCGACUGGACCGCUCGGCUGUCCCUGGACUCACACCGCAUCAACAGUGAAGAUGCCUGCAGACCCUGCAACAACACUGAGAUCCUGAUGGCUGUUUGCACCAGUGACUUUGUUGUGCGAGGUAACAUCCGCUCGGUGGCCGAGGAUGAGACCCUGCGAGCUGCAGUGAUUAAGGUCAGCGCUACGCGGGUGUUUCGUCAGAAGUACGCCCUGUUCACAGGCAACAGUCGCCUGAGCAGCCGGGGCGAGGUCAGGACUCUGCUCCAGUGUGGCGUCAAGCCCGGGCCCGGUAGCUUCCUCUUCACAGGCCGAGUCCACUUCGGAGAGGCCUGGUUGGGCUGCGCGCCCCGCUACAAGGACUUCCAGAGGGCUUAUAUGAUGGCCAAAGCAGCGCAGCAGAUCCCCUGUGAGCUGCCUGUAGACUGAGGAAAAAACACUCUGCAGACACUCAUCUGUUCUCAGAGUCAAGGCCAGACUGAGGUUUAGGCCCAACUUAGUCCUGCUGCAUGUUUCGGGAGAAGCCAGUGUGCAUCUGUUGGCUGAUGUUACAACAUGGCACCGAUGGAAAUCGUCUUCCCAAAAGGACCGAGGAGUGAAAUGGACUUCCCCUAAACCACCAUUUCAGUGCAAUUAGCAGGCAGGAAGGUCAGAAGGAAACAGGUGGAGAUGGGACAUGAAGUGCAGACUAUAGGUAUCUACACACAGAGUAAUGCCAUCAUGCAGCUUCAGAGAAAAUCUCUUACAAAGCUUUCCAUUGGGAAUAAAUGAAGUGGGGCCAUUAGUUCAGGGUUAUUGAGGGUCACUGUGUAGAAACUCAGGAAUAUUUCUGCAAAGUUUGAUAUAAAGCUUACUGCCUAUGAGUCUGCAUCCAAGACAAGAUUCAGUUUGGGCCUCUUUUGUCCAGAGAUGUCUGGUCAUGUUGCUGUAAAAGCCUCACAUGGGCUCAUCUGCAGUGUUACUUUUAUACAGGAUAUUUUAAAAAAAAGCUCUCUAAAACAUUUUAAAAGAUUAUAUAUUUGCACUGAUGAAGGGAAGGGAACAAACUGUAAGGUGUGACGCUGCAAGCACUGAAAACCAAAAAAAAAGCAACUAUAUGUAGCAUAGCAGAGGGAUUGAGAAUUUAAUAUAUGUACAGAUGAUGUGAUGCACGUACAUGAUAGUGACACAGAGCUGAGCAGCUAACACAGCUCAACGUGGUGCUGAGAGCACUUUUACAUUCAAGCCAACUCUGAGAUUUUUAUUGUGAAAGGAGACGCCCACAUUAAAGAAGCCUGUUUCAUCUGGGUAAAUGGAUUUGAGAUUGUCGAGCGUUCUCUAGUCUUCUGACUACUCAAAGCGCUCACACGGCAGGUCACACCUGCACAUUCACACACUGAUUUUUCCAACAACACAUUUCAUCGUAGUAGCAAUGCAAUUUAAUUUUUUUUUUAUUUGACUGAGAAUGAUUGAAAACAUGUUUUGGAGUGGAUUUUCAGCCUUGUUGCCAAAGCAGUUCUUAUUUUUUGUUGUUGAUUAGAUGAUGUCAAGUAAAAAAAAAAAAAGUGUAUUAUCAUCAAUAUUCACAGAACUGAUUACAACUGCCAGUAAGACAUCAAUUAGACAUCAAAACAGCUUUUGGUGUGAAAACGUGUCAUUGAACAAGGCAAGCUCAAUAGAAAGAUUAAAUAUGCAUUUAUUCAAAAGUCUGUCCUGUUAAAAUGACUUCAUAUCUUAUGUGCACUAUAUCAACAAGUUGAGGGGUUCAUACCAAAUAACUGUUUGUGCUGAAGCUCUGUUAAUAUCUUAAAUGCAUACACUGCCAUUUUUUUGUUGUCUUUAUGUAAAUUUUUGUCCAUAUCAAUGUGAAUGUAUAUAUGUUCAUAAAGGAAAUUCUAGAAAAAGAGUCUGUGGAAAGAACUAAAUUGUGUUCAGUAUUGUGGAUUAUUUUUAUGUGUCUGUGUUAUUAAAAUAUCCUGUAAGAAAA